AUGCAUACCGCAAACAGCAGCCUUUCACAAGCGCCCGGAUCCCCUGGACUAUUUCAGUCGCAACAUUCCCACAGACUUUAUCAUGCUACUUGCGAAAGACCAUCCAGUACAACCCCACGAACAGCAGCUCGAAUGCCUCGCUUGACUAGAGAAGCUAGCAGCGAAUCGACACGGCAGACAGUCGUAUCAUCGUUCCUCCAGGAAAAGCUUCAACAAUCUCGUCAAGCAGAAAGUGACAGGUCGUCGACAUGGUCGCGUGCCAAUACAGAUGUCAAUUCUUCGGGCGAAUUUAGUCGGAGUCUCAGUUCCCCCAUGAAGAUAAUGGAGAUCGAAGGACACCGACCUCAAUCCGCUGCCGGGAAUGAGGCGCCGAAGAAAAAGGGACUGGGGGUUAAAGACAUGGAGCAGGUCAUAUCCUCGCUCCACAAACAGAAUUUUGACCUCAAGUUGGAGUUGUACCAUCGCCGAGAACGACAAACAGCGCUGGAAGAUAAGGUCGAGACUCUUGAGAGGGAAAAGUCACGAGUUGAAGAGACAAAUGACUAUCUUUCACAAGAGAUGGAGAAGCGCGAUAAGGCAAUUGAGGAGGCCGUCACCAUGAUUGUCAAUCUCGAAGCCCGACUAGAGCAACUUUCUACACAACGCUCUAUCAUCGAGCAGAUUGAAGCUGAAGGCCAGUACGCAGGACCCACGUUCGACCCAUGCUACGAAGACCCCAGACCAUCCACGCAGUCGCCGGAUAUGAUGAUGCAAAUGGGAGGUGGUAAGGCCAUCACCCGCAUGCCGAGUUUUCUAUCCGACCGUAGUGAGACGACCGAGAACCUACGAAAUGUUUAUCUUGGGGUUAGAGGCAGUGUUCUCAGUCUUGCGCAGGUCCCUGAAGGUCCUGGUGACGUCGAUAACGGCCGCGGCACCGGUCCGGGUAGUCCGAGCGUGAGCGUCUUGAGCGAGAGCUCUUUCGUUAGUGUAUACGGAUCCAAAGGAGAUGUGAACAGUGAUAUUCAAGAGGCGGAUGAGCCUAUCGCUUUUAAUGGUGCCGUUAGCCUACCAGCCAAAGCAAGCACUAUCAACCGGCCAAAGACAGCAUUUGCCAGAUCUCCUGUCUCGGCUAGCAGAUCAGCUCGAUCGAACUCGCUCUCGACUCGACAAGCGCAGUUCGACUCGAUCAAUAAUGUUAUCGAGCACAGCUCUCCUUCGCAGAAGACUAGCCGAAACUAUCUGCCUAAGAAGACGGACGGACGACAGAGCCAAGAUCAAGAUGGUUCCGCUGUGUUUGCCGGUCGUGCUGUUGUGUCUCCUAACCAUCGGCGCACUAAGGAGGAGAAGCGAGAUUCGCUUCGAAGAGUCAUGACCGAUGCCCCUGGUGGUGUCAGACUACACGACCAGAACCUCCCACCCACGCCUGAUACCAUCUCUACCUCUACUCUGUCGCGGUAUCAGAACUCCGACGAGACAUUAUCUAAGCACUCCACUAUGAGAGAAAGCCAUGGCGCUCUCUCGGAGGCAUCUGAAAAUGAUGUGAAUGUGGAAAUGUUUACAGGUGUUCGCCUGGAGCAGCCUAUGCGAGCUAUCAGAGGCCCGGCUCAGAUUAUCGAACUGAACAACCGAGCGUACGCCGAGAACAGGGGCAGGUCUAUCCAGCGUCCUCGUUCCGCUGACGAAACAACUAUCUCUAAUAGACGAGGAAAUGAUUGGGACAGCGAUACUGAUGACUCGGAUGGAGAGUCCCUUGAGUCGGAUCUCGAUAUCUGGAUGCGCGAAAGCGCCAAACCUACCAAUAACGGUGGUCGUGCCUCUCCUGACCUGUUCAGCUUUCCUUCGAACACAGCUAAGGGCAGUUGGGCGAUGGAAGCUAUGUACGGGCCUGGAAGUGGCCAUUCUGGAGGUGCAACCACAGGUGUUGAUCCCGACAUGAUUAGAGAUCUAUUUCCGGUUCAACAGGAGCUCUUUUCAUCUUCGUUGCCCCCACCACCACCUAACAGGCGUUCAAGUUUGAACGCACAAGCAGCAGUGCAGCCAAAAGCUUUGCUGUUGAGUCAGCCGCCGACCAACCCCAAGACCUCUAAGGCAGGUCGAAAGAAGGGACACAGGAGGAGGAACAGCGACGAUAUACAAAUCAGAGCAGGACUGCAUACACAAAACCAAGCGUCGUCUACCGGAGAUCCGAAGAAGAAACAUUAUCCCCCUAUCACAGGUCAACAGCCAUCUCAGAAUAAGUUCACCAAGUUUUUCCGUCGAUCAUCAACAGGGCCCGGAUCGUCGAGUAUCGCACCACCCCCGACUUCAAACUCAGACAUGGGACCCUCUGAACUAUCCAAGACUGAUCCCCUGAACGUUAAUGGCGCAACGGGGCUUCCAUCAUGGAUGAGCCGAACAGGAGUCGUAGAUGAGGAUCGUGACAGCGCAACACCUCCACCAAUUAUGAGAAAUCCCAGGCACGGUCGACAUGCCUCAGCUGAUGUAGACAUGGCCAACAAUUCAAUGAUGAGCCCGGGGCCAGGUACACCGGCCACACCUAGGCUACCAGGCCCAGUGAAUGAUAGGGAUACACCGGAGCAAUCGGAUAGCCCAAGAGCGACCGGGGCAACGGGAGCCAGAAGAAAAUGGCUGCCUGCAUUUGGUCUUAGAAACAAGCAAGGAUAG